UGUCGCGAUGCGUUUCACGUGUAGCUUUAAUUGGGCUCCUGAGGAAAGGGUGGCUUCGGCUUGCAGAGUUGAACUAUACGGAUAAUAGUUUGGAGUUUUCCUUAGCUGACGGUCUAAAUAAUAUUAUCAAGCUAAAAAUGUCACAAAAGAAUUUCCUGCUCGCAAUUACAUCUACAUUUGUUCUCAUAUGUAGUAUAACCACAGCCAAUUCUGAAAUACCGGUAAAAGCAACGGAUGCUGCAUACAAUUCACCAGCUCCGGGCCGGUCCAGCCGGGCGUUCCUGCGUCUGCGGAGCUGCCACCGCGUGCUCCGCGGGGAGAGCGGAGACUUCUUCUCUCCGGACUUCCUGUGCUCCAACCCGCCGCUCUGGUGCAACUGGACGGUGGCGGCGCCGGCCGGCUCCCGCAUCCGGCUGCACCUGCAGGACUACACCCCGGCCGAGGCGUGCCACCUGAAGCGGGACCAGGUGCACCUGGACGAGGCGCCGGGCUCCGGGCGGCACCGCACGCUGGAGCGCUGCUGGGGCGACGCCGUGUACACGUCCGACUCCAGCGUCCUGCACGUGGUGCUGCUCAUCGACGCCGGGCUGGAGCCCACCUACCGCGGCUUCCACGCCCGCUACCACACCUUCGGCCUGCCCCAGACCCCGGCCCCGGCCCUGCCCCAGACCCCGGCCCCGGCCCCCACGCCGGGGAAUAACCUGCACUGGGCCGGGGGAGCGGGGGAGGACCCGUUCAGCGUGAGCGGGGAGGAGCAGGCCCAGAUGGACGCAGGUCUGACGGGGAGCGCUGGGGCCACGCCCGCUCCGUCGCUGAAGGGGGGCGGCGUUCCCAAACCCGCUUCAGCGGAGAGAACCGCUCCCGAAGGACGGGCCGGCUCUGACUCCGCUUCUCCCACCCGACCCAGAGAGGCCGAGGCCCCGGGGGUCACGGAGGAGGGGCCCCCCCAGCCUGAACGGGGCCCUGAGGACCCUCGUGUUGGGGGCCCUGAGGACCCUCGUGUUGAGGGCCCCUCUGAUGACCCGGGCGUUUCCAACCGUCCCGCGAACGAUGGUCCGUCUAACCAGAUUCCCGCCGAAGCCGCCGGGCCCCCCGUCCAGGCUCCUCCGCCCCCCGACGCCACGUCGCCUGCCCCCCCGGCGGCCGACCCUCCGGCCAAAACCCCUCCGGAAUCCCGGGAGCCGGAGCCGGACGAGAACAAUGCCUCCGAGCCGGGAUCCCAGAGCACCAGGAAGCCCCGGGAAGGCGGGGGAGAGGGGGGGGGAGAGGGCGGCGGUCCCGGACGACCCCGCGCUCACAGCGUCCACGCCGACGUCACGCCCCCCCCGGGCCCCCCAGUGCUGCGAGAGGAAGCUGAUGUGGUCCGGUGGUUCAGGAACAGCAGCACAAUCGCAUCCUUACCUGGAGAGAAGUUGUUCGAGGUGACGGUCGAAGUCCGUUUGACCCCCGGAGUGACCGAGAACUGGGACCACGUCGUGCGUUCAGUGAUGUCAUCCGUACAGGCCAUGAUCCAGAACGCGCUGCGGGCUCACGUGGUCCCUAAAACCAUCUCCUCCGUCAGGAUUAAAAGGUUGAGCGCGGGCGUUCUCUUCAUCUUCUGGCUGCACUUUGGCGACGUGCUGGACCCCCUGCAGGUGCACAGGAUCCUGCUCAUGGCCCUGCCGCCGCUGCAGUCCCGCAAGGUCAACAGCAGGGGGCGCCAGAACCAGCCCACCAUCGCCCUCGUCUCCUCUGAAGACGUGAACGAGUGCGGGACGCAGCUGGUGCUGUGCGACGUGAACGCCGUGUGUCUGAACCGCUUCGGCUCCUACGCCUGCCGCUGCCGGGCCGGCUUCCAGGACCGGUCCCGUCUGGGCUCGGGCGGGACGCUGUGCGUGGGCCCCGCAGGAACAGGCCCCUCCCAGCCGCGUCCGGGCCCCGGCCCCGCCCUGCUGCACUUCCUGUACGGGCUGUGCUUCCUGCUGGCCGCGCUGGUCCUGGUGCUGCUGGGCGUGGUGGGCGCGCUGUACCGGCGGCACCACCGGGGGGCGUUCCCCGUGCCCUGCUACGCCCGCCACAGCGCCGGCUCUGCGGCCUCGCCCCGCAACGGCGCCGCCCGGCCCCCCCCGCCCCCCCCGCCCGUCCGCCGGCCCAAAGACGGCUGGGGCGGCCCCCGGGACAAGUGCCCCUCCGCCGACCUGCCCCUGCUCAAAUUCGCCCCGCUGCCCCCUCCCGACGCCCCGCAGAGCGGGGAGCAGGAGGGGGGCGACAAGCUCUAGCCCGGCGCGGCCCGGAACCUUCCGUCUGCCAGCGACGACUCCUCUCUUAUUCCUGUCUUUUUUCACUUCUUUCUCUUUUAUUUUUCUCUGUUUUUCUUUCCCUGCUCCAGGGUUUAUUUUGGUUCAGUCCCUUGGCUUCCCUCUCUCUCUGUUGAAUUUGGAUGUUAAUGUGAAAUCAAAGUUUUUUUUUUUUGGUUUCUUUUCUUUCAAAGCAAACCCAUGACACUACGGUCAAUAUUCAUAUUUUGAGCAAUGUUUUUUUUUAUUUUGUUUUAUUCAUCAGGAGAUUUACUGCAGCUAAAAAGCAACUGAUGACAAUGGCGAUGUUGUUUUGUACAAGUGCCAGCUUUUGGAGUUGUUCAGGAUGAAGUGUUGGAGUUGUUAUGAAGUGAGUCCCGGGUGCUUUACUAAGUCCCGCCACAAGGGGGCAGUGUCGACUGCACAAACGUACCAAUGAAUUCAC